GGAGAGCUAAACCCUAACUAAGCUUUUUGGAAAUCAUCGCAUUAGAAACCACUCAGCCUCGGUUCGAAGCAGACCAUACCAACGCCAGUUUACGUCGUAUUUAGUAAAUCGCAUCUGCGAAGUGAAAUUUUUUUGUGUACAAAUAGCCCAAUAAUUCGGUGACUUGCUUAACUUUGGUGAUUCGUCUCAUCUCCAAGAUGUCUAUUCGAGUCGAUGAGAACAAUCGUCCAUACAUAGAGUUGGGAAAUGGCUUCGCCAUACGCCUCAAUCGAGCAGCUUACGAGGAAGACAAACGGUUAAGAGUGAACGUUACUUUGCCGGAGGAAACGGCGGCAGCCUUCGCGGAGUUUCGACGACUUGCGGAAUCGAAAACGACCUUGAACUAUGUGGUCGAUCUGAGCAACUAUACAGCGAUGGUACAUUUGAUUUGUUACGAAAAUGAUGCACGUAAAGCUUUCAACACGCUCGACCACGGUUACCGUUUGAGGUACAGGGAACCCACCUAUGUGAUGCCCUAUGCUAAGAUUCGACAUGUGUACGAACAAGGUUUUAUCCGUUACUUGCCCGAGUGUGACGACGAGAAUGUUGUGAUUGUGGUAGUUGAAAUGGGCAGUCGAUGGGAUCCGUCCAGAAUAUCCAUAGUCGAAUUCGUUACUGCCAUCCGGAUCAGUGGCAUCCUCAUAAUGCUUAUUCCAAAGGCCCAGAAGUAUGGUUACCGAGUUAUAUAUGACGUCGAUGGACUGUCAAUGCGCCAAAUAGCGCAUUUUUCACCGAGAGUUUCCAACGUUCUGUUCGAUCUGAUCGAAAACUGUACCCCUGUUUCGAUAGAAGGAAUGCAUACCGUCAACAACGGUGUCAUGUAUAAUGUUCUGUUUGCGAUCUUCAAACAGUUCAUGAGUAAAGGGAUGCGACAAAAGUGUUGCAUGCAUGGAAAAGACUGGCAAUCACUGGCAAAAUAUAUCAAUCCGCGCUGUUUGCCACCCAGAUAUGGAGGAACGUCAGCAGCCCCGGAUUGCGAUGGAAAGCUUCUGGCCGAGUACUUGGAUAACUAUCAGGGUUACGUUGAAGAAUAUAAUUCAUACGGCUAUACGGGUCCACCAGAUCCCAAGUGAUACUAGACUGAUGAGAGCUGAACAAAAAAAAAUGAUAUAUACAUUUGAUAGAUUACUAUUACGGGUAAACAAUUGAGGAUACGGCUAGUUUUGUUAUGAAAUGAAUAAUGAUCAACGGUGCAAGUUCAUAAAGAUGGCAUAAAUGGGGUAUUUUCCCAGUUUUCGGGAGUCUAAGCAGGUACCUAAGUUCUAUUAUCGGCCAGUCCAUAUCUGUUCUCGUCAAUAUUUGAUUUUCUUCAUCAAUGGGAAAAAAUA